CCACUACCUACCUUACAGCCUCCAGCUCUCGGGCCCGGACGUGCCAACGGGCGACCUUACCGGGUACAGUACUGUCUCCCCAGGUCACUUUCUCGCGAGGAUUGCUAAGGUGGGCAAUCCAUCGAUUGAUGGCCUUCCUCGCUCGCUUCUCUAACCCAACUUCACCUUACACUCAUCACAAUCCAUCUUGGGAUCACAUCCUACCCUAGUUCAGUUCGUUCCGUUCAGCCCAGGCCAGGCCCUCUUUUGGUUUCUCGCCUCGCCUAGAGCGCAAGCGCAGGCAUUUUUGAUCAGACCCGACAGCUACUGUACAGCGCGGUGCCCUUGUUCCCGAGCAUCGGCAGCAACCUAAGGCCAGGGCAUUGUUUUCUCUUCUGUUCUUGUUUCUGUUUCUGUCCAGUUGCUAUUAUUUCUGCUUCUGCUUCUGCUUCUCUACGCUCUUUCGCACUCCCACUCCACACUUGUAACCGACUCAUCUCGUGCUUUGUCGCCCGACGACUGGUCGUCUGGCAUUAUCUGCAUUAGGGCUUGGCUCAGCGUUGUCUAUUAUACUUGGAACUCGACUGGAGCCCUUGCUGGCUCACGCCUUAGCGCUACGGCUGACUUGACGUCCGCCUCGACAGCUCAACUCGAACGAGACCAACUUGGAGCGUCGAGCAUUACAAAACGCAAAUCAAAAUAUCGCAUCGAGCUCUCCAGUGCAGAGAUCGCCUCCGUUCAUCAUUCUUGCCGCUUCAAUCCCGCUACCGAUACCUAGUUCUUCUAGCGCACCCGUCUAACUGUCAAUCUUACUGCAACCCCGCGAGACCUUUGCUGCACACUCAUCCUUCGGCGUUUGCGCGGCCGCGUGCGCCAGAUCGCACGACUGUCGCUAGGCCUUUUCCGAAAAGGCAUGUCGACAACGGCAGUUAUGUCUACGACUUCUUCUCCAGUGACCUCUCCUUCAGCAGCCGCAUCCUCUUCUCCGAACCCUAAUCACCCCGCGCUGCCACCUCUAAUCACCUCUCCGCCUUCGUGCCGAAGCAUGCAAUCGCGGCCAAUGUCCCACGUUUCCAGAAGCCGACUUUCCCAAUACUCGACGGGCUCUCUGCCUACGAGAUCCCGUCCGACCUCACAUAUGUUUCCGAUGUUCCCCUCGACUCUCUCAUAUACCCAAGUGCGGGACUUUGCGUACCCUGCUACCCAUCCUCUGCACUACGGGCCGCCGCCAGAACCUUCGGGACCGCCUUCCGGUAUGACAACGCCCGCAAGCGAGCAUCGUAGGUUAUCAGAUCCCCCAGUGUCGUGGGAAACACGUAUGCCUUGGGAGUCGUGGGGUACAGAUGGAUUCAACCGUGGCCAUGAUUUGGCCCCCAUCCAAUUCGACGGUGGGCCCCCAUAUAGCGAAGACGAGGAUCUGCAAAGCCCUGUUGUAGCUACACGGCACCGCAAGCAUAAGUCAACCUCGGCGGCGACAACCCUGAGGGGGAGGACAGGUCGCGAUCUUGAUAUGCAUUCUACCAACUAUGAUCAUGAGCGGGGCUACUAUAUGGGAACUAGCGGAGACGGUAGCGAAACAUACUAUGUCAAUAACGGCGGCGAGGCCAACGGCUCUGGUGGAGAUUUUGUUACAUAUCCUCCGGAGCAGGCAAGACACAGUCGGGCAUAUCACAUUGCCCAGCAACCCCGGGCUGCUGAGGGCGGUGAGUACUAUCAGCCCGAGUCUGACAGCUCCCCAUCGUCUCCAGGCUACAAUGACGAGGACCAGUCUCGCUAUUCACGAGAUUACCAGUUUACUAUUACAUCGCCAGACGAGGAGUUCCACGGCAAAGCCGUCGCCCUGUUCGAUUUCGAGCGGGAAAACGAGAACGAAUUGCCUCUAGUUGAGGGCCAGAUUAUCUGGGUGUCGUAUCGGCACGGGCAAGGUUGGCUGGUGGCUGAGGAUCCGAAGACGCAGGAAAGCGGCCUGGUGCCCGAGGAGUAUGUCCGACUACUUCGCGAUAUCGAGGGAGGAAUGAACAGCUUGGCUGGUCACCUUGUGGAGGGAACUGGCUCCCCUGAUGUGGGCACACCUACUCAAGCGGAGCAUAGCGGUCAAUAUGGCCAUACUCCAUCUUCCAGCAAUGCGACUAACGGGUACCAUCAGCCAAUCGUGUCGAUGUUCUCGACCUCGAGCAAAGACCUUGACCCGUAUCCCACUGAGCAACUGGGCCUCCACUCCGGACAACCGCCUCCCCAAGUUAUUCACUAUCACGGGCAACGGGGAGGUAGCCAAGCAAACACGCCGACGAUUGCUCAGCCUCAAGAUACUGGUAUUUUGAGGAGGCAGAGUCACGACGGUGGAACAAAGAGGGACUCGAAUGUUACACCAGUACAGACGAAGCCACCAAUGGAGUUGGCCGAGCCAGGGGGCUCUGAGGAAGCGAGAGGAGAGGAAAGGUGAUAUGGUGAUUGAAAUAAUAACGAAUUGCAUGCCAUGCUUGAAGAGACAUUCACGAUUCGAUGUAUUCUUCUAACGGAGCGGGCGAAUAUACCAAUAAUACCACAGCAAACUCCGACCGCCGCCAAUAGGUGACUUGAGAUUAUGUAUAAAUAUGCCAUGUAGGCAUGAUGGGAGACGGCAAUUUCUCAGUCUUGUUUAAGGGCAAAAGUUAUCUAGAUUGGCUGUAUGGAGUUAUGGCGGAGGACAGAGGUCAAUGAAUACAGAGGUUUCUUGAGCUACAUAAUGAGAAAAGGAGUUUCAGGGGGAACCACCGAGAGAUUCGGAGCAGAUGGAGAGGUGCUGGACGGGGUUAGUGCUAUAUUGCUGUAGUACAAGGCCGAUAUUUCGGUAAUCUAUAUAUGAACUCAUUAAGACACCUUAAUAUCCUAAUGCACUUAUCACAAGAUAACCGAGUUCCCC